UUUCAGAAUUUUUCACCCAAUAGCUAAAUUUCAUGGUUAAACCAUUUUCUAAAAUCCCAAUGUACAGCCUAUAAAUUUCGCGAUCAAAUUCUUUAAUUUUUAAAUAGUUUUUUUCUUAACUGUGCAAUUGAUAAAAAUGAGGUGUUGGUGGGAAAAUUAUAGGAGGCAUGUUUUUCCUAAGAAAAUGAGGUCGCUGCUUCCAGCUAAGAAGAGACCAUCAAUCCCCUAUCUUCAAUUGAAGAAGGAAAUUAAACCACCAGCUGAAACCAUGACCAUCAGUGAAGGUCCAGAUCAAGGUCAUGCAUGGGUCAUUGCCUUCACGGCAAGUAUUAUCACUUUGAUACUAUCAGGUAUAUCAAAGAUGGUCGGAAUAUUGUACGUUGCUGUUAUCGAUACAUACGAUGUUAGCAGAGAAGAAGCAACAAUUCCAUUUACAUUUAGGAAAUCUCUGAGAUGCCUAUCAGGUCCUAUUGUCGGUAUUAUGGGUCAAAGGUUCGGUAUUCGAACCGUCACUCUUGUAGGGGCAGUUGUUGCCGCAACAGGAGCUGGUCUCAGUUUCUUUGCACCAACAGUCGGGUGGCUUGCCGUUUGCUGGGGUGGAAUUCAUGGUACUGGCGAAGCUUUUGCCAACACGUUGUUUCAAGUUGUUGUUAACCAAUAUUUUGAAAAAUAUCGAUCAACUGCAUCUGGCAUUGCUUUGUCAGGAGCUUGUGUUGGAUCUGUAUUUUUCUCCUUCCUCAUAGAAUACCUGACUGAACAAUAUGGAUUGCAGGGAACAUUCCUUAUUCUAUCUGGGGUCAUCUUGCACGUCAUACCGGCCGCCAUGCUUCUCAGAUCUCCAAGCUGGAUCAGAAAUGGGCAAAAAAACCCAAAUGAAAGAACCAGCUUGAAAUCGAAAGCACAAAUGUAUGUGAUUCCUGAAGAGUAUGUCAAAUCAAAUGCAAAUAAGAAGCUGAGCAUUGUAUCGCUGAAUCCUAACCUUCUGGAAAAGAACAAAAUCAGGGAGGCUUCCAAUGUUCCAUUGAAAUCUCACUCGGCGACGAAUCUCCUGGUCACCCUGGAGAAAAAGUUGCAAAAUGGAGGAGUGGACAAUUUAGCUUUUGAAAUAGAAAAUGAAAAUCAUGAGGAAAAGAAACUAUAUGUUCAAAAUAACCUUUUAUCAAUUGCCAAAGAAAACAACUCAACAUCCAUUUUAGAUCACCAAACUUCCUUAAAAGAAGAUUUAAAUAAAGAAAAUGUCGUUGAGAAGGUGGCCGAGAAAGAAAAUAAGAAUAGUUGGUUAUCGAGCAUUAGAACAAUUGCCAAACUUUACACGAAUCCAAUUUUCCUGCUGAUUUGUGUGUGCAUGUGCACAUAUGUUCUCGUCUUCAUCCCGAUCAUGACUAGUAUGGUGGAUUAUAGUCAAGACAAAGGUCUUCCUGAAACAGCUGGAAAAUACUUGAUUCACACAAUGGCUCUUGGCGACAUCAUUGGACGCCUUUGUUUCGGUUGGGUGACAGACAAAAACUUGAUGUCCAUGCCCAAUUACAUGAUGUUGACAUUGUUCCUUCAAGGUACGUUCAUACUGUGUCUGCCAGCUGCGUCAACUCUGCCGGAGUACCUGAUACUGGUGGCUUUUUACUCCCUGACAGCUGGAAGCAUGCUGGUGCGCAUGCCUGUCAUAAUUCUUAAAAAUGUCAAGAAAGAAGAGCAGUCCAUAGCCAUGGGGUGUUAUGGCUUUGCUUCUGGACUUGUGCCAUUUGGGAUACCAUUUCUUAUAGGCCAUUUCAGAGAUCAUUAUGGGUCCUACGAUGGAAUGUACUACCUACUCGGAGGACUGACCAUUGCAUCUAGUUCAUUCUGGUUGGUCGAACCAGUUUUAGUAAGAUGGAAAAAUAGCAAAAUUGAAGAGUCUCAGAACAGCAUUAAUGUCUAAAUAACCCACAGUACUCGUACCUGACGAGUACAGCUUACAAGCAACAAAAGUCUACUCUUUUCCACUUGCGCCCGAUACAUCAUCAUCAUCAGUUAAGGGGCAUUUCAAUUACAGUUGAUGAAAGAAAUGAGUUGGAAAAAAGAUACGAAGCUUUUGGGAGAAGACAAGCUCGAGAGAGUUUAUUGGAAGUAAAACGUCGUGUGAAACUGUUGAAAGGUUUGAAAGAUGGUUAUUCUCCAUAGGCUUCAUGCACUUCAGAAAAUGUUCAGAACAGUCUUCCUUUGUUGCAAAUAGUGUGACAAAGAAAAACAUUUGCAUUAAAAAGAGUGCCAAAUUUAAGUUACGUAAUAGUAGUUAAAAUAAUCUUCAACAGUCAAAGGAAGUCUUUUCUGAUGUAAUCUGCCGAAACGAAUUUAAAAAAAGAUAAAAUUUAUAAAAACAGUCA